UCUUUAUGUAUAUAAAUACAUAUAUAUAUACAUAUCUCAAGUGUUCUUACAAAUCACAUUCAAGAAUCCAGACUUUGACAUCACGGAUUAAUUUGAGACUAUUUCGACGAGCUGUGGCAACAGAUGUAUUUUGAAUUUUAUUAUAUUGUAAUUAAACGUUGAGGAAUGGCUGAAAAUGUUACUGCAUCAAAUGCAGAGGAAAAAGCUAUUUCCUCAGCUAUGACACAAUGUUAUGAAAAUUAUAUUAUAGUUGAUGUUGGUGCCAAUCUAACGAAUAAAAAAUAUAGCAGAGAUUUAGAUAGCGUAAUUCAAAGGGCAAAGGAUGCCGGGGUACAAAAGAUUAUGGUAACAGGUGCAAGUAUUCGUUCUAGUAAAGAAGCAUUACGGUUAACUAGGAUAUAUCCUGGUACUCUGUAUUCUACUGCUGGAGUACAUCCUCAUGAUGCAAAAUCAUGGGAAAAUCCCGAUACUUUGCAAGAACUUGAAAGUAUAGCUAACAAUCCAGAAUGCGUAGCAAUAGGAGAAUGUGGUUUAGACUAUAGUCGUGAUUUCUCUGAUCCUGAAACACAGCGUGCUGUAUUUCAUAAACAAGUAGAACUUGCAUGUCAGUUAACUAAGCCGCUUAUAAUACACGAAAGAGGCGCUCAAACAGAUGUCUUAGAAGUAUUGAAUCAUUAUAAAAGUUGUUUACCACCAGUUUUAAUCCAUUCGUUUAUUGGAACUGCAAAAGAAGCACAAAUUUAUUUAGAUCAUGGAUUUUAUUUAGGAAUUACAGGAUAUUUAUGUAAAGAUAAAUCUGAUAGUGGAAUAAGACAACUAUUGGAAAGAAGACUUGCACCCUUAGAGAGAAUAUUAGUAGAAACAGACGCCCCAUUUAUGUAUCCGAAUACUAGAGCCAGUAAAUUACCUGUACACGUUAAAGAUGCUCUUACCGAACGAUCCAUGACGUUUCUUCACCGUUACUGUACUUUUCAACGUAACGAACCGUGUGCCUUACCAGCAAUAGUGGAAAUGGUAGCAGCAUUUAUGCAAAUUUCUCCAGAAGAGGUUGCCUUGGCUACUGCUUUUAAUGCUUUAAAAUUGUUUGGUUUAAAUCAGUAAUAUUAUAAUCAUUUGUUAUUAUAAAAAUGGUGCUA